AUGUCUGUUCGUGUUUGUCUAUCUAUUGAUCUAUCUUUCUGUUCAUUAUCUAAGUCUCUUCAUAUCUAUUUAUCUCAAUCUGAUCAUUAUCUAUCUAUCUAUCUAUCUAUCUAUCUAUCUAUCUCACCUGUUCAAAUCUAUCUAUCUAUCUAUCUAUCUAUCUAUCUAUCUAUCUAUCUAUCUAUCUAUUUAAGCCUCUUCAUAUCUAUUCAUCUCAAUCUGAUCAUAUCUAUCUAUCUAUCUAUCUAUCUAUCUAUCUAUUCAUUAUCUUUCUCAGUCUGUUCAUAUCUAUCUAUCUAUCUAUCUAUCUAUCUAUGUCACUUCCUCCUCUCUCACUCUAUCUAUCUAUCUAUCUAUCUAUCUAUCUAUCUAUCUAUCUAUCUAUCUCAGCCAGUUUACAUCUAUCUAUCUUUAUCUAUCUAUUCAUCUAUCUAUCUAUCUAUCUAUCUAUCUAUCUAUCUAUCUAUCUAUUUUCCAAAUAUAUCUAUCUAUUAUUCUCUAUCUAUCUAUCUUCUUCAUUAUUCUAUCCAUCUAUUGAAUCUAUCUGUCUCAGCCUGUUCAAAUCUAUCUAUCUAUCUAUCUAUCUAUCUAUCUAUCUAUCUAUCUAUCUAUCUAUCUAUCUAUCUAUCUAAACUAUCUAUCUUUUUUCUAUUUAUUAUUUAUCCAUCUAUAUUUUAUUCUGCCGACAGAUUCAAAAUAAUAGAUUUCAAAUGA